AUGCCACCGGUCCGUACGGACCACACAAAGACCCGCAAGGUCCGCGAUGUUGACAAAAACCCACGUAAGACGACGCGAAAGGACAAAGCUAAGCCCGGCCCGAAGAAAGUGAAAGCACGCACUAGCGCUCGUUUCUCGAAGGACGAAACUCAAAGGGAUUUGACUUGGUCUGACUGGUUGCAAGUCUUCAACUUCAUGGAGCAGGAGCCAGACAUGACGCAGAAGCGGGUCGUUGAACACUUCGAGAACCGUCCGGACAAGGAUGGCGGGAAGCUUCUGUUCACGCAGUCUGCGCUGUCGAAGAAGAUCAAGAAGAAGGAUGAGAUUCGGGAGACCGUUGCAAACAGCUCUGGUGCUGGUUCUCAGAAGCGUGCUCGAGUGGUGACAUGCCCCGAAGUCGACGAGGCACUCUCUUUGUGGGUCCAGGAUAUGGAGCAGAAGAAGAACACGGUGACUGGUGCCAUGCUGAUAGAGAAGCGGAAGCGACUGGAAGAACUCUUGAAUGUUCCCAAAGAGAAGCGCUUGACAGGGACGGGUUGGUUAGAGUCAUUCAAGGCUGCGAACAAUCUGCAGGAGCGCAAACGGCACGGGGAAGCAGGGUCUGUGGACUUGGAGGCCGUUGAGAAGGAGAGGAAGCGCAUGCGACGAAUCAUGGCCAAGUACAAGCCUGAGGACCGUUGGAACACAGACGAGACAAGCUUCUUCCCAUCUGCUCCACCUGACCGAACUCUUUGCGCUGCACCAGUCGCUGGACAGAAGCAGGACAAGUUCCGGAUCACUGCCGUCGUGACUUGCAACUCCACGGGGACCGAGAAAGAGCCGUUGAUGUUCAUUGGGAAAUCAGCCAAGCCUCGCGCAUUCAACAGGAAAGAUCCCGCACGCAUGCAUCCACCGUCGUAUUAUCGUUCGAACAAGAAGGCUUGGAUGACAGGCGCGCUGUUUGAUGAGUUUCUUUCGAGGCUGGAUGGAAAGAUGCGCAGGCAACGCCGUAAAAUCCUGCUCUCAAUGGACAACUUUUCGGGGCACCACAACAUCACGUACAAACCAAAGAACAUUCGGCUUGUCUACUUUGAGCCCAAUCUCACUCCAUUUGUCCAACCCUGUGACGCAGGAAUCAUCCGCUGUCUGAAAGCACGUUACCGGAAGAAGCAAGCUGUCCGUGCCCUCAAUCUCUACGAGGCUGAGCACGAAUCUCCGUUCAAGAUUGACAUUCUUUCGGCGAUGCGAACACUUACCGAAGCAUGGAACAAGAUCUCACAGUCCACAAUUGCCAACUGCUGGGCUCAUACGAAGAUCUGCCCUCCAGACAACGAGUGGGGAGACAUUCCUGAUCCAGAUGACAAGAAAGAGGAAACCGAGAAUGAAGAAGAGCACAAGGACACUGAGAUUGAGACCGAGACCGAGAAUGAGAAAGCUGAUGCGACAGCAAAGAGCAUGGAUGUCGACGAUGCUCCGGCAGCUCCGCAGUCUGGCAACUCUCAAGAUCUUGACCAGCAGGCAUGGGAUGUCAUUCUCGAGUUUGCCACCUCUGAACAUGUCUCACUUCCGUCCACUGAGAAACGACUCGAAGCGAUCUUUGGUCUGACUUACUCCGAUGAAGAUUGGCGGCCAGCACUCACGGCUGUCAUGGAUGCCGAGGGUGACUCAGUGGUUGCGGAGAAAUCUGUGCGCAGGUUGCAGAAAGUGUCUCUUAACCUGUGCGCGACUGAUGGACAUGCAAACGGAGCUCUCCCACAAAUUCUCGCUCCGGAUCGUCGGCUUAGGGAUGCAGAGAAUGAAUUGCAAACUGCACUUGAUCACUUGUACUCCUCCCGAUGCCUGCGUGGCCAACCUCCUUCUGUCUCUCAGAUUCUGUCGCCAAUCAUUGAAGACGAGAGUCUUGACAAUCAGCUUCUAUGCAUUGCCAAUGGUGACGGUGGUUUGCGUCAGAUUCUUGCAUUGGUGCGUCAAAAGAACGAGGUGAUUGACAUUGAUGAGGACGAUGAUGGUGAUGAUGGAUUCGAGGAAUUCAUUUUUGUCCGACAAGAUGCUCUCGCUGCCAUUGACCUCCUUCAAAAGAUUGCUCAAAAUCGGCCUGACCUUGACUUCAGCAUGUCUUUUGGAGCUCACUUACGAACAAUGAGGGCCACAAUCAAUCACGAAUCCGAGGAAAACAAAGUUCAGAAAUCUCUUGAGGAUUUUUUCAUUCCCAAGCCGUAG